AUCAGUCAGAAAAGACAGAAUCGGCUCACAGGAUUCACACUGUCAAAAAUAAAAGUGUGAGAGAGAAAGAGAAAGAGAAAGAGAGACCACCGCGAAGGGGGAGAGUGUUUGCUGCUGCUGCUACAAAAGCCCUGCCUUUUCCGAUUACCAAAAAUCGAGCUUUUAGGGUUUUUGAUUUUCUUUCUAAAUCUUCACUGAAUCACUUUUUCUUCAGUUCUAGCUGGACUCGAUCUGGACAUCAAAAUCUAUUCUUCGUGCUGGAAUCUACUACAAACUACGGAGUACGGAGUAUUUCUUUGGUAAAUAAAGCGAUGAAAUGAUUUUGAUUGUGAUUUGAGGGGUUGGAUCAAUGGAGCAAGGGAUUGAGGAUCAUUUGGUAUCUGCCAGGAAAUCUCUGCGGAGUAAUUUGGAGAAAUCGAAGGCACUAGGUUUGUCGCUUCAGAAAGCUGGGCCGAGAUUUGCUGAGAUUAGUCAGCGGUUGCCGUCUCUGGAGGCAGCAAUUCGACCAAUUAGAGCUCAAAAGGAUGCUCUUUCGGCUGUUGCAGGUCACAUUAACCGUGCAGUGGUUCCUGCCACAGCUGUGCUCAAGGUGUUUGAUGCUAUUCAUGGGCUUGAGAAGUCUUUAUCUGAUCCCCAAUCGGAUCUCGUGGGCUACCUGGGCGUGCUCAAGAGGCUUGAAGAGGCUUUGAGGUUCUUGGGAGAGAAUUGCGAGAUGGCCAUUCAGUGGCUGGCUGAUAUCGUCGAGUACCUUGAGGACCACCGGGUUGCUGAUGGCAGGUUUAUUUCCAAUUUGAAAGAGGAACUCAGUGGUUUGCGCAAAUUGCAAAGCGGGGAGGAAAAAGCCCUCCUUGAUGGAGGGCUUCUUGUGAUUGCUCUUGACAGAUUAGAGAAUGAGUUCCGGCGCCUCUUGACAGAAAAUAGUGUUCCAUUGCCAAUGUCAGAUCCUCCCUUACCAGGGGAGCAGGCCUGCAUAGCUCCUUCUCCUCUCCCAGUUUUUGUCAUACAGAGACUACAGGCUAUUCUUGGCCGAUUGAUUGCCAAUAAUAGGCUAGAGAACUGCAUUUCCAUCUAUGUUGAGGUUCGCAGUUCAAAUGUCCGGGCAAGUUUGCAGGCACUUAACCUGGAUUACCUUGAGAUUUCUGUUUCUGAGUUCAAUGAUGUGCUGAGCAUAGAAGGCCACAUAGCUCAGUGGGGUAGGCAUUUAGAGUUUGCAGUUAAGCAUCUUUUUGAGGCUGAAUAUAAACUAUGUAAUGAUGUGUUUGAGAGGUUAGGAUUGGAUGUGUGGAUGAGUUGCUUUGCUAAGAUAGCCGCACAGGCAGGGAUUCUUGCAUUCCUUCAAUUUGGAAAGACCGUUACCGAGAGUAAGAAGGAUCCAAUCAAGUUAUUAAAGUUGUUGGAUAUCUUCUCAUCAUUAAACAAGCUAAGAUUGGAUUUUAAUAGGCUUUUUGGUGGGACAGCUUGUGCUGAAAUCCAAAAUCUCACAAGAGAUCUCAUCAAAAGGGUGAUUGAAGGGGCCUGUGAAAUCUUUUGGGAACUUUUGCUUCAAGUUGAAUUGCAGAGGCAAACACCACCUCCGUCAGAUGGCAGUGUUCCAAAACUGGUUAUCUUUAUCACUGAGUAUUGCAAUAAGUUGUUAGGGGAUGAUUAUAAGCAAAUCCUCACCCAAGUUCUGGUCAUUGAAAGAAGUUGGAAGCACGAAAAAUUUCAAGAGCGGCUUCUCAUUGAUGAGUUACUGAAUAUUAUGAAAGCAGUUGAACUGAAUUUAGAAACAUGGUCAAAGGGCUAUCAAGACAGUGUGUUGUCAUUUGUUUUCUUGAUGAACAAUCAUUGGCAUUUGUACAAACAUUUGAAAGGAACCAAGCUCGGGACCGUACUUGGAGAUUCUUGGUUACGAGAGCACGAACAGUACAAGGAUUACUAUUCUGCAUUCUUCUUGAAAGAGAGCUGGUCCAAGCUUCCUGCUUUGUUAAGCCGGGAAGGUCUUAUUUUGUUCUCAGGUGGGCGUGCUACUGCUCGUGAUCUUGUCAAGAAAAGACUGAAAGCUUUCAAUGAGGCUUUUGAUGACAUGUAUAAGAAACAGUCCAACUGGGUCAUGCUUGACAAAGACCUACGGGAAAAGACAUGCCAACUGAUAAUUCAGGCAAUAGUUCCUGUAUAUCGGAGCUACAUGCAGAACUACGGGCCAUUAGUUGAACAAGAUGCAAGUGCCAGCAAAUAUGCAAAAUACACAGUUCAGACUCUUGAGAAAAUGCUCAACUCUCUAUUUCAUCCCAGGCCAGUGAGACAUGGCAGUUUUAAAGUCCGGCAGCCUAGUGGAAAAUUCAACAAUAGCGUUACAGAUCAGCUUCCGAGUUCUCCUAACAUGAAAUAAAUGGUUGAGGAUUACUGGUAAGGCCAUGGUUUAAAUGAAAAAGGAACCUUGAAGUCCUACACCUCUGUGUUGUAGAUGUCAUUGGUUACUUUGUAUAUAGUAAGUUCUCGUAGGAUCUAUUGUGGAUCACUUGGGCCAGCUUCAAUUGAAGGAAAGAAAAGCACUUGUUCUUGAUGGUUUUGACAUGGGACUUUGGUUGCAUGGCUUAUGGGGGAAUUAAUAUCCACGAAAUUUUCAGGGAGCACGUUACUCUUGAAGAUAACCUGGCAAAACAACACAUUAAUUAUUACCUGGGCCCUUAAAGGUAAGAUUUGAAGAAAACGUUUCCAGUUAAUGCUAUUUAUUCCAUUUUCCAUCAAGAGUGUGGUCAGUCAGUCAUUCUGCCACAAGUUAAGCAGUGGAUACCUGUAUUGCGGUCUGCUUGUCCAUCACAAUUAUUAGGUCCGUGUUGCGUCUAGAGCUUUAGCAGUAACACCGUUCGCCCCAAAAAAAAAAACUGUGCUAGAACCUCUAGAUUUAUUUGUUCAUUGUGCCUCUAGCUGUAUACAAGCUUACAAAUGCCUUAAUAUGUCAAUUGUACUAAAGCCAUGAGUCUCAGGGCAAUAGUCUAUUUCAAUAAUCAAUUCUUGCAUUAUGUACUAUUAAUUGUUUUGCACUUUUGCUUGUGAAAAAUCACUGCAGAAUUGAUUGGUUCAAUCUUAGUUCCUUUAUGUUCUU